AUGGAAAUUAAUAAUGAAUAUAAUAAAAAUAAUGAAAUAUUAUUUUGGAAAGUUUAUCGUAAUGUUUAUUUAAAUAAUCAAAUUUUUGAAAAUUUAAGUAGUAUGAACAUAGAAUGUAGUAAUAUUAUAUACCUUAACCUAGAAAGUAGAAUGAAAUUUAAAUUUAUAAUAUCAUUAGAAUGGAUGGUUCAAAAAAAUUUAUUUGAAUUAAUAAGAUAUAAAAUUAAUAAAAAUGAAUUCAUACAGAUAUCACCAAAAGGAGUGAGAGAAUUAAUUAAGGCAUCCUCAUUCACAAGAAUUACAACCACACCAGAAGGCAAAAAAAUGCAAACAAAGGUUGAUAAUGAGAUUGCAAUUGAACUAUUUAAAUUAUUAUUGGAGAAAAGAAGUGAACAUGUGUUAUCAACCAAUCCAAUUAACAAUGCAUUACUAUAUAAAAGAUACAGAAUCAUAGAGAUCUUGGUAAAUGAACCAUAUCGUGCAAGUGUUGAUGGUGAAAAUUUCUUACAGUUUAUUAGGAGAUCAAUACCUAUUCCAAUUCUAAUGAAACUACAUGAAAAUUAUUUGAAAUUAGGUAAUAAAAUGACUUUUAGUAAAAUGGAUAUAUUUUAUUUAUAUGGUAAUUCCAGUUGUGAAGUUCUUUAUUAUCUUUUGGAUACUUUAAAAAUAGAUGCAAAUAAAAUUGAAAUAUUUCAAGCUUCAUCACCAAAACUCUUCUUUUUAUCUUGCUAUCCAAUAAAAGUGUUAACCAAAAUGAUAGAUAUUGGUUAUUUUAAUAAUUCAAUUUUAAAAGAAAUUGAAAAUGAAAAUUCAAUUCAAUAUUUUUCAAUGAUAAUGGAUUCAUUUAUUAAAUCGAAACAUUCAAAGAAUAUAACUACUGAUAUAAUUGAACUAUUAUUUAAGUUAUUUUUUAAAAUUAAUUUAAUAAAAAAUACAAAAACUCAAAAUGAUAUUGAUUUAAUAACAAAUGAAAUUUUAUUAAUUAAAAGUCAAAAUAAUAAUAAUAAUCAACAAUUAUUUAAAUUUUUAGUUGAAACUACAAAUUCAAGAAAAUUAUAUAGAUUAUACUAUUAUAAUUAUUUUGAAUUAGUUGAAGAAAAUGAAAUAUUAAAAUUAAAUAAUUUCAACAAACUAAAUACAAAUAAUAUUUUAAAUAUAAUAAAAGGUUUUAUUAUUAAGGGUUGUAAAGAUAGUGGUGCUGAUGGUGGUGAUGGUGAUGGUGAUGGUGGUGGUGACCAACUUGAUAUUAAUAAUUUUAUUAAAUUUUUAGAAUUAUUUUCAAAUGAAUAUAAAAGAAAAAAAUGGCAAUUAGAUAAAGUAGCAUUGAAUUUUAUUAGGAAUACAAUAUUUAAAUAUGUAAACAAUAAUGAACAGUAUGAAAAAAUUAAAAAAUCAAUAAAUAUUAAAAUGUUGGAUAUAAUUCAAUUACCACUUGAAUGGAAUUCAAAAUUAAUACAAUUAAUAAAUGAAAAUGAGAUACUAACAAUUGAUUCAAAAGAAGAUGUUGAUAGGUUAUUUAAAUCUACAGGAUCGGUGGUUGGUUUAAAAUCAAUUUACUAUCAAAAAAGAAAGCUUGAAAUGGUAACAUUUGAAUCUUAUCAAUUAUUUCAAUAUACAAUUAAUAAAAUGGAAUCAACUCUCAGUAAAAAACAUAUUGGCAUAUAUAAAACACCUAUAAAUUUAAAACCAAUUAAAUGGUCACAAAUUUUAAAUAACCCAUUAUCAGAUGCAUUAACUCAAUGUAAUUUGGUAAAUGAUAUAAUUGACCCACAAUUUCAAAAUAAAACAAUCAAUAUAAUCAACUUAAUUAAAUCAUUAACACUUGAUAUCAAACCUCAAGAAUUAAAUUCAAAUCUUCAAGUUUAUUUUAAUUUUAAUUUUAAAUUAAUAAAAAAUUUUAUUAAUCAAAUUAAUAAUAAUAAUAAUAAUAAUAAUAAUAAUAAUAAUAAUAAUAAUAAUAAUAAUAAUAAUAAUAAUAAUAAUAAUAAUUCAUUUGAAAUUUUAUCAAAAAUCAAAAUUGAUUUAUCAAAACAAAAAAAAAAUAAAAUUGUUGAAGAAUUAUAUGAAUCGAUAAUUGGAUUGGAUUUAAAGUAUUGCUUGGUUUUAUUAAAUAGUAUUGAUUUAUUUGAUGAUAUUAAUGGAAAAAGAGGUUACAUAAAUUCCUUUUUAGAAUAUUGGGAUUCAAUUUCUAAAUAUCAAAUUAAAUCUCCAAUUUCAAAUUUUAUUUAUUUAGAUUAUAAUACUGUGCCAUAUUUAGACACCAAUAUUGAUAAUUUCAUUCAAUUUUUUAAAUUUUGGAUAAAUAAAACAAGUUCCACCUUACAGGCAAUUAAUAAUAGUAACGAUUUAACCUCAAACAUUUCCAAAAUAAAAGUUACUGUGUUUUUUCAAACAAUAAUUACUCAUCUAUAUAAUAGACUAAUUCAAAUCAGAGGUAUUAAAUUUUUACAUUUAUUGGAAAUUAGAAAACUAAUCAAUGACAUUAAUAAACAUAUAAAUAGCAAUGAUAAUAAUAUUGAUAAUAAUGAUAAUAAUAAUAAUAAUAAUAAUAAUAAUAAUAAUAAUAAUAAUAAUAAUAAUAAUAAUAAUAAUAAUAAUAAUAAUAAUAAUAAUAAUAAUAAUAAUAAUAAUAAUAAUAAUAAUAAUAAUAAUAAUAAUAAUAAUAAUAAUAAUAAUAAUAAUAAUAAUAAUAAUAAUAAUAAUAAUAAUAAUAAUAAUAAUAAUAAUGAUAAUUGUUGUAUUAGUAAUUUUAUAGUUAUAAAUCAUAAUUCUUACCAUGUAUUUUAUUAUAUAUUAUUAAAGUACCCAAGUAUUAUAAAAUACUUUUUUUUAAUAUAUGAUAUUUUAAAACCUCUAGAAGACGACAAUUAUGUCUAUAAUUAUGAUUAUGAUAAAUUUGUACUUAAAGAACCAGAUAAUUCAAAAGAUAGAGUUAGAAGGUUAUUAGAUGAAAAUAUAUUUACAUUUGAUUAUAUUUUUGGUACAACUAAAUGCAAAUUUGAUCAAAAAUGUUUUUAUCCUACUAAUGGUGCACCAUUUGAAACUAUUCUUAAACAUUUUUUACAAUUUAACCAUAAUAUUAAACUUGGUAAAGUAAAUAUUUCAAAAAGUGUUUUUCAUUUAAGUCAAUUAAUUUAUUUUUUAAAUAUCAGAAGGUUUGAUUUAUUCUUAAAAGAGGUUAAAUAUAUUCAAUCUCUUAAUAAAAAAAUUGAAAUCAAUGAUUUAAUAAUUGGUAAAAUCAUUAAAUAUAUUACAAAUGUUAGUCAAAAAAUUGAUUUCCAAUUAUUACAAAAAUCAAUUGACGAAUUAUCACCUUUAAUUGGUGGAGUGAAAAAAUGCUAUGAAAUAUUUUUAAAAAGUGCAAUUUCCUAUCAAACAACUGAAAUUAUUUCAUAUAUUAUCAAUCAAUAUAAAAUUGAUUCACUCGAAUCUAUAUAUUCAAUCAAUAGUUCCAAUUAUAAUUUAUAUGAAUAUUUUUGUAAAAAUCAUCCCAAUUGUAAAAUUUCAUCCAUUGGUCAUUUCAAUAUAUCAUUAAUGCCAUUCCUAAAACUUUGGAUCCAAUAUUUACCAUUAAAUUUGGAUUUUUUAGAAAUCUCACAUGAUUCAGUGGAUAAAUUUAUAAUAACUAAAAGAUUUAAAAUGUUAGAGAUUUUAAAUGAAAAUGGUUUUAUUAAGAAAGAUGAUAAUGGUGAAUAUAUUUUAACAACAAAAAUUCAAGAUUAUCAAAAAAAUGUAAAUUAA